GAAAUUUGAAUUUAACCCGAAAGAAGGAAUCGAUAAUCCCGCCUUGUCAUUGGCAGAGGAUUCCGAGCCAGAAGGGGCUUCCCGGAUACGUUUCUGUUUACUAAAGAAAGAAGUCGGUGACAACCUCGGCUUCUCCUUGUGCCAGGAAGCCGGAGGGAUGUGCCCUGUUGUGCGGAAGGUGACACCUGGAGGGCUGGCUUACCGUAAAGGCCUUCGGGAUGGAGACCGAAUCCUUGAGGUCAACGGAGUUAACGUUGAAGGCAUGGGAUAUCUUCGGGUGAUCUGGAAGAUCAAGAGUAGCUCAAAACAGGUCCUACUCACUCUCCUGGAUGGGAACGCCUACGAAGUAGCCAAAGCCCUCAACCAGGAUCUCAACCAACUCUUGUCCAGAUACGGCAGGCCACGCCUGUGCUGCCUUCCCAAGGGCUCCAGCGGUUUGGGGUUCAGCGUGUCAGCUCCAGAAGGUGUGACCGGCGUAUUCCAGCUCUCCGUGCUGCAGGAUGGGCCGGCUCAAAAAGCAGGGGUGCCUCACGGUUCCUGGCUGGUGGAACUCAAUGGCGUCAGUGUUAAGAACUGGACGACUGCACAACUCAACCAAAAGCUCAGACAGAGCAGCAGUCCCAUGGGGCUCCUGGUGAUCGACAGCCGGUCGGAAGAGGCGUACCGACAAUGCGGUGUUAAGGUUACAGCGGCCCUGGCCGACGCCUCUUGGGUUCCCUUCCAAGUGACGAAGCUUCAGAUGACGCGAGGAGAAGACGGAUAUGGGUUCUUGAUGAAAGAAGAAAAAUCUAGCUCGGGGAAGAGGGGUUGGAGUAUCUCCUUUAGCCUUCUACGAUGGUGAAGACUUCCCAUCAAGCUUUCUGAUCACCCGUGGUUCUACUUCUCCAGGCAUCUUUCAGGAACAAAGGUGGCCCCCUUUGAGACCGUGUCACUGUCAACUCUCGAGCAAUACAGCGCCACCGGGCCAACCUGACCCUACCCCAUGGACCUUCACCAGAGAG